GGGGACUGAAGAGAGAGCCGAUACGACGUGCACCGCGCGCGGGCAGCGGGAGGCCCGGGGGCCUGGCUGCAGCCUGUUGCCGGGGACGCCAGGUGCCCUUACUUUCCGCCUGCGUGCCGCCGGAAUCCGCUUACAACUUUUCUUUGGAACCUCCAUAAUAAUCAACACAAACUACAAACAUUUUAGGACAUGAUGUAAAUAAUGGAUGGCAUUUCUGCUGCGUCCGCGUUUCUGACCGACAGCUUAGAGCUGGAGCUGGAGACCGAGUGGUACAAACCCCCUUGCUUUUCUUGUGCUUUUGACAACAGAGGAGGAGGAAAGAAUUUUUCUGGAGAGUCCUACCUUGCCAGUGGAACCCUUAAGCGAUUAUUUUUAAAUCUCGAUCCUUUACCAACUAAUUUUGAAGAGGAUACAGUGGAAAUAUUUGGUAUCCAAUGGGUUACUGAAACAGCAUUAGUAAAUUCAUGUAGAGAGCUCUUUCAUUUAUUCAGGCAACAACUGUACAACUUAGAAACCUUAUUACAAGCCAACUGUGAUUUUGGGAAGAUAUCUACCCUGCACAGCAAAGCAGACAAUAUUAGGCAGCAGUGUGUAACAUUUCUCCAAUAUAUUAAAGUUUUCAUCUUCAGGUGCCUGAAAGUACAAGUUGAGGAAAGCUAUGGUCCUGUCCAUCCCUAUGAGGCUUUGGAGGCUCAAUUUCCAUCAAAGUUGGUGGAUGAACUUCAUGGAUUACUUUUGUAUAUUGGACAUCUAUCUGAACUUCCCAGUAUUAAUCUAGGAGCAUUUGUAAAUCAAAAUCAGAUUAAGCUUUAUCCACCAUCCUGGCACUUAUUACAUCUCCACUUAGAUAUCCAUUGGCUGGUGCUAGAAAUUCUUCACAUGCUGGGUGAAAAAUUGAAACAAGUUGUAUAUGGUCAUCAGUUUAUCAGUCUGGCAGGUGACAGUUUAACCAAUGUGAGCCUAUUUGAAGAACAUUGCAAAAAUCUUUUGUGUGAUUUAAUAAGCCUGUCACUCAACAGGUAUGACAAGGUUAGGCCUUCUGAGGCAUUAAUGAAUCAUCACUGCCCAUGUUCAUGCUUCAAAGAAUUGUGGGUUCUACUCAUUCAUCUUCUAGACCACAGAAGUAAAUGGUCUCUCUCAGAAUCAUUAUGGAACUGGUUGAAUAAACUGCUUAAGACACUCUUUGAGAAAUCCAGUGACCAAAGAAGACCUUCUGUGCCUAUAAUUCAGUCCAGGGAUCCAUUAGGUUUUAGUUGGUGGAUUGUUACUCAUAUAGCAUCAUUUUACCAGUUUGAUCGCCAUGGAGUAGCAGAUGAAAUGAGACAAAUAGAAUCAAAUUGGAACUUAGUAGAAGAAUUGCUGAAACAGUCUGUUGGUGUACAGGAUGGUGUACCAGAGGAUCAAUUACGGAUGUAUCUUCACUGUUGUUUGACACUUUGUGAUUUUUGGGAGCCAAAUAUUUCAAUUGUCACCAUUCUAUGGGAAUAUUAUAGUAAGAACCUGAAUAGUUCCUUUAGUAUUUCUUCACUGCCUUUGAAAUGCAUUGCUACCAUCAAGUCACCCUUGUCUAUGCUUGAAAUGGUAAAGACCUGCUGUUGUGAUAAACAAGAUCAUGAUCUGUAUAAAUCCAGCAGUAGUUAUACCAUUUUUCUUUGUAUUUUGGCAAAAGUUGUCAAGAAAGCAAUGAAGAAGAGUGGCCCUCAUCCUUGGAAACAAGUCAAAGGAAGAAUAUAUUCUAAAUUCCAUCACAAAAGAAUGGAGGAACUAACUGAAGUUGGUCUGCAAAACUUUUUCAACCUUUUUCUACUGUUAGCAGCUAUUGCAGAGGUAGAAGAUGUAGCAAGUCACGUUUUAGACCUCCUGUAUUUCCUGAAGCCUGCCUUUAUCACAUCUCAAAGAGCUCUCAUUUGGAAGGGUCAAAUGGCAUUCCUCUUGAUGUAUACCCAGAAAAAUCUGGACAUUGGUGUUUUGGCUAAGAAAUUUUCAUGUGAGUUCCAAGAAAAAGCAAAGGAAUUCUUGGUAUCUAAGAAUGGUGAAAUGGUACAGAGGCAUGCUCUCUGGACACUUCUUUCCAUCUAUAUUGAUGGUGUUCAAGAGGUAUUUGAGACCAGCUAUUGCUUGUAUCCUUCCCACGAAAAUCUGCUCAAUGAUGGAUUUAGUAUGCUUCUGCGGGCCUGUCAAGGGGCUGAACUUAGGACAGUGUUGAGCUUUCUACAGGCUGUUCUGGCCAGAAUCAGGUAUGUUUUUCAACAAAGUGCUAAUUGGUAG